CCCGCCCCCCCCCCUCCCCGCCACACUUGUCGGUGUUGUUGAUCUCCGUUUUUCAAGGUUUUCUUCCCCCGCUUCAUGUCAGCCGCCGUUCUCACCAAAAGCAAGUUUGUUGCUGCCUGCUGUAGCCGUCUUCUCCAGCGUCUUGACGUACUGCGGCCAGGCCGACGCACGAUGCAGAUCAAAGUGCUGAACGCGCUCGAGGACAACUACAUGUAUCUGCUGGUCGACGACGCCACCCGUGAAGCGGCAGUCGUCGAUCCCGUCGAGCCGGCCAAGGUGCUCGACGAGGUGAAGAAGCUCGACGUCCGCCUCACCACGGUGCUCACGACGCACCACCACUGGGACCACUCGGGCGGCAACGAGAAGCUGCUCGAGCUGUCGCCCAAGCUGCGCGUUCUCGGCGGCGACGACCGCGUACCGCGCCUCACGCAGCGCGUCACCGACAACCAGGAGCUGCAGGUGGGCAAGCUGACGGUGCGGUGCCUGCUCACGCCGUGCCACACGUCGGGCCACGUCUGUUACUUCGUGCCGGCCGCCGACGGACAGCCGCCUGCGGUGUUCACAGGCGACACGCUGUUCAUCGCCGGCUGCGGCAAGUUCUUCGAGGGCACCGCGGACCAGAUGUACAAGGCGCUGGUCGAGCGGCUCUCCAAGCUGCCCGACAGCACGCGCGUAUUCUGCGGCCACGAGUACACGGUCAACAACCUGCUGUACGCCUCGACCGUCGAGCCAGACAACGAGUCGAUCAAGUCCAAGCUGGCGUGGGCCCGCGAACGCCGCGCCAAGAUGGAGCCCACCGUGCCUUCCACCAUCGCCGAGGAGCGGAGCUUCAACCCCUUCAUGCGCGUGGGCGAGGCCACGGUGCACAAGCACGCCAAGCUCGACGACCCAGUCUCCACCAUGGCGUUUCUGCGCAAGGAGAAGGACCACUUCCGGCCCGCCGCUUGACCUUUCUUUUUCUUUUUCCCUGCGACCUGUAUACCUGCGUUAGAGAGCCCAAAUACAGCCGUUAUCCGCCGUUGUUUUCACAA